GCAAUUACCAUUGUAUCAAACGAUCAGUCAACAUUGUAUGAUGCGUUUCAGCUAAACCAACAACAAUAAAUCAAUCAAUAAUUUAAAAAAAGUAAUAAUAAAAUAUAAUUUGUAUUUAGUGUAAAAUUAUACAUCGGCAUUCGACAUAUGGUAAUGUUUUUCCGCUUUUCACAGUUCCAAAACAUCACCACAAUGAUUGUUGUUGUUGUUGCCAUGGUUACGACGAUGACGUCAGAGGGUAGGCUGGAAGUUAAUCACGGAAACAUUAGCAUGUACACGGAAGAUGUGACCUGUGAUGAUGGGAAGAGAAAUAUUAUGGUUGAUCUACCACCUGACGAUUCAGCAUACGAAUGUACAAGUGAAGACGUUUUUGGCGACCUAACAGAAAAUUCUGAUGAAGUUGGCGGGAGGGUAUCAUGUCUUGAACUACAUGAGGUCCCAGAUCCCAUACACACAUGCAUGGAUAGGACCAUAACCUAUACCGACGAUCCACCACGGGGUGGACCCCACCGCCCAAAAUGGCCGACGUAUGGAACGUACACUUACUUGCCACCUCAGAGAUGGGUACACUCUCUAGAACAUGGAGCAGUCGCAUUUUUGUACCACCCAUGUUCUGAUAAGACGUUGAGGGAUCAAGUCGCCAACAGACUGAAGAGUUGCAUGAGGAAAUUCGUCAUCACUCCCUACCGGCUUCCACAUCCUAAUUUCCCAUUCGCCCUGCUUACGUAUUCCUGCAAAUAUGAAUUCAAUAAUUACGAUGAGGUUGCCAUCGUAGGCUUUAUAAGGAAACACGCCAUGGACCCGAAGAAAGCUUCUGAAUACGACUUACCAAACGACGGUUCCUACGACUUGCUACUGGAAGAAAAAUCACAAAUCGUUCCCGGGUCGGACUUCAAAGAUUCAAAUUUGUGUCCGGAUUUCCGGUAAACGUUCGUUAAAUGAUUACGUAACUAUGGAUGAGUGACUGGUGUACAUUCACUGGCAUAUCCCUCUUACUGAUCAUUUUAAUUGGGGAUUAGUUAUAAUUAAUAUUAAUUAUGAUCAUGGUUUAUAAAUAAUAAAUUAAAUAACGUUUCAAGGGCUAGCUGGUGAAUUUGUUUCAAAACAUCGUCGCAUAAUAUUUAUAAAAAUUUAUCAUUUUGUGUUCAAUUUUUUGCGGGAGAAUUUUUAUCCAUUCACACACACACAAACACAUCUCAUAUGCAAUCCCAUUUACUAACUAUAUAAAUGUAUUUAGUAACUUAACUUGAUGUAAUAAUUAUUUUAUUGGUGAUUGAAUAAUUAAUAAUA